AUGAAACACUGCUGGGAAGGAAAACCUGAAAGAAGGAAUUUGUCGAUGAAUAAGAAGAAUGAGUUGGAUAACUUUUUAGGUGGAAUUCGCACUGUAAAUGAAAGAAACGAGCAAGUUGAUUCUCCCUACCCCAAACCCAACAACAAAUGUAAAGAUAAACUACUGUAUGAAUUCAACGGCUUAGAACGUGAUGAUAUUUAUGCGAACCAACAGGAAGGCGAACAUUUUCCAGCUUUCAAUGGCCAAAGACGGUGUUCUGAAGUGAUUUUAGUUGAUGGAACAAACUCAUUUAAUUUAAUUUACAAUGAAAGUUUUAUUAAAGAAGUUAGUUGCAAAAACACCUACGACAUCUGGAGCUACUUUCAUUUAGAAACGAGAAUGAGAACAUUAAACUAUGCUUUUCAUCCACAAGGUAUUGACUGA